CGAACCUAGCUUGCCAUCUAAAGUACCCAAAAACCAGAAACCCAGAUCAGGAAGAAGAAAUUCGAUCAAGAAAAGGGUGGCGAAAAGCCAAAAGCGGCCCAAAUUUGGAAGGCACACCCCCUCUCCCCUUCCUUCCUUCCACGCCGCCGUGCCCCGUGCACCUACCGGUGGCCAUCGAUCGGCGCGCUCGCCCCCUUUCCUUCCCCAAACCGCACUUCGAAGCCAGACAAUCCGUAUAAAUCCCUGCGGGGAAUCUAUGACCGGCGAGGAGGAGGAGGAGCACGGGGGGCACAGGUACAUGAGGAUGCCGCCGGAGCCGCCCGAGCCGGAGUGGAUGGCCGCCGCCGGGGCUUCGUCGGCGUCGUUCCGGCUGCCGGAGUCGGCGCGGGUGUUCGACGAGCUGCCGCGGGCCAGGAUCGUCGGGGUGUCCCGACCCGACGCCGGGGACAUCACGCCCAUGCUGCUGUCCUACACCAUCGAGGUCCACUACAAGCAGUUUAGGUGGCUUCUAUAUAAGAAGGCCUCACAAGUGCUAUAUCUGCACUUUGCGUUGAAGAGACGUGUGUUCCUUGAAGAAUUCCAUGAGAAACAGGAACAGGUCAAAGAAUGGCUUCAAAAUUUGGGAAUCGGGGAGCAUAUGCCAGUUGUACAUGAUGAUGAUGAAGCUGAUGAUGUGCAUGUUCCUUCACAACAUGAUGAACACUCUAUCAAAAAUAGAAAUGUUCCUUCAAGUGCUGUAUUGCCUGUUAUUCGACCAGCACUUGGUCGUCAGCAAUCAAUUUCUGAUCGUGCAAAGGCUGCCAUGCAAGAAUACUUGAACCAUUUUCUGGGAAACUUGGAUAUUGUCAACUCAAGAGAGGUUUGCAAAUUUCUGGAAGUUUCAUUGUUAUCAUUUCUGCCUGAGUAUGGGCCUAAGCUAAAGGAAGAUUACGUUACAGUAAGGCACUUGCCAAAAAUUGAGAUGGGCAGUAAAGGGAGAUGCUGUUCAUCCUUCUGUUUUAAUUUUUGCAGCAGUAACUGGCAAAAGGUUUGGGCUGUACUGAAGCCAGGAUUCUUGGCUUUACUCCAAGAUCCAUUUGAUCCUAAGCUUUUGGACAUAGUCAUCUUUGAUGUGUCACCUUGCACUGAUAGAAAUGGAGAAGGCCAAACCACUCUAGCAAAUGAGAUAAAAGAACGCAAUCCAUUGCAUUUUGGAUUUGAGGUAUCUUCUGGGGGGCGGUCAAUAAAGUUGAGAACAAGAAGUUCAGCUAAGGUGAAAGAUUGGGUUACUGCAAUAAAUGCUGCUCGACGGCCCCCAGAGGGCUGGUGUCACCCUCACCGUUUUGGUUCAUUUGCACCACCUAGGGGCCUGACUGAAGAUGGUAGUGUGGUACAAUGGUUCAUAGAUGGGCGUGCUGCAUUUGAUGCUAUUGCUUCUUCCAUUGAGGAAGCCAAAUCAGAGAUAUUUAUAACUGACUGGUGGCUGUGCCCAGAAUUGUAUCUUAGACGCCCUUUUCACUUCCACGGAUCCUCUAGGCUUGAUAUUCUUCUGGAAUCAAGGGCGAAGCAAGGUGUACAGAUUUACAUUCUUUUGUACAAGGAAGUUUCUCUUGCAUUGAAAAUUAACAGCAUGUACAGUAAACGGAGGCUACUUAACAUUCAUGAGAAUGUUAAAGUUCUGCGCUACCCUGAUCAUUUCUCGACUGGCAUAUAUUUAUGGUCUCACCAUGAAAAAAUCGUUGUCGUUGAUAAUCAAGUAUGCUAUAUUGGAGGCCUUGAUUUGUGCUUUGGUCGUUACGAUUCUCCUGAGCAUAAAGUUGCAGAUUUUCCCCCUUCAACAUGGCCAGGAAAGGAUUACUACAAUCCUAGGGAAUAUGAGCCAAAUUCUUGGGAGGAUACAAUGAAAGAUGAGCUUGAUCGUACUAAAUAUCCUCGCAUGCCUUGGCAUGAUGUUCAGUGUGCACUUUAUGGUCCAGCAUGUAGAGAUGUAGCAAGGCAUUUUGUUCAGAGAUGGAACUAUGCAAAGAGGAAUAAAGCACCAAAUGAGCAAGCAAUUCCAUUAUUAAUGCCUCAUCAUCACAUGGUAAUUCCUCAUUACAUGGGUACAAGCAAAGAAACAAAUGGGGAAACAGAGAGUAAACAGAACCACGGCAUGGAUGUUAAAUUUAAUAGGUUAAACUCCUUGACAACACCAGCAUCGUGUCAGGACAUUCCGUUGCUUUUGCCGCAUGAGCCUGAUCACCAUGCAUUUCCAAAUGGAGAUUUUGGACUGAAUGGUAUGAAUAUCAACAAUGGUCUUUCAGAUCACGCAAAUAAAACCAAACGGAACCAGCCACUGCCCAACCGAAAGGCCAAACUAGAUCUUUCUUUACAAGAUUUACAGAUGAAAGGAUUUGUGGACAAUGUCGGUUCCCCUGAGGUUUCAGUGUCUAAACACUAUGACACCUCAAAACCAGAUACGCAGAACAUAGAUAAGGAGUGGUGGGAGACACAAGAACGGGGAGACCAAGUUUCCUCUGUGCUUGAUGUUGGAGAAGUUGGUCCCCGAGCGGCAUGUCGUUGCCAGGUGGUUAGAAGUGUUGGCCCAUGGUCAGCAGGAACAACUGAAAUUGAAGGAAGCAUCCACAAUGCCUAUUUUUCUCUCAUUGAAAAGGCAGAACAUUUUGUUUACAUCGAGAAUCAGUUUUUCAUAUCAGGUCUUUCAGGAGAUGAUACGAUUAAAAAUCGUGUAUUAGAAGCAUUGUACAGGCGUAUACUUAGAGCAGAGAAGGAGAAAAAAUGUUUCCGGGUUAUUAUUGUAAUACCACUUCUACCUGGUUUUCAGGGUGGCAUUGAUGACGGUGGAGCUGCAUCCGUGAGGGCAAUUAUGCAUUGGCAAUACCGGACUAUUUGUAGAGGGCCUAAUUCAAUACUUAAGAAUUUAUAUGAUGUGGUUGGCUCAAAGGCACAUGAUUAUAUCUCAUUUUAUGGACUUAGAGCACAUGGCAGGCUUGGUAAUGGUGGUCCUUUGGUCACCAAUCAGAUAUAUGUGCACAGUAAAUUGAUGAUUAUAGACGAUCGCAUGACAUUAAUUGGCUCAGCUAACAUAAAUGAUAGAAGCUUGCUUGGAUCAAGAGAUUCUGAGAUUGGCAUGAUUAUUGAAGAUAAAGAGGUUGUCAGUUCUCUAAUGGAUGGAAAACCUUGGGAAGCUGGGAAGUUCUCCCUCAGCCUACGACUUUCUCUAUGGGCGGAACACCUUGGUCUUCUUCCAGGAGAGGUUAGUUGCAUUAUGGAUCCUGUGGAUGAUUCAGCGUACAAAAACAUCUGGAUGGCCACUGCCAAGGUGAACACCAUGAUCUACCAACAAGUAUUCUCAUGUGUUCCCAACGAUCACAUCCAUUCUAGGUACCAAUUUCGGCAAAGCUUUGCUCAUCGGAAGGAGAAGAUCGGCCAUACGACCAUCGACUUGGGUGUUGCCCUAGAGAAGCAAGAAACUAAGCAAGAUAGAGACCUAGCAGAUGCUGACCCUAUGGAGCAGUUGCAGGCCGUUCGAGGUCAUAUCGUUUCCUUCCCUUUGGAGUUCAUGUGCCAAGAGGACUUGAGACCGUUCUUCAGUGAAAGCGAGUAUUAUACAUCCCCACAAGUUUUCCAUUAGUUUCCCCCCUCAUGGAGAAAAGUACACCCAUAGGAUUAGUUGUACAUGUUAUAGGGUUAUUAUGGUUGUAGAACUCUUAUGCCCGGAUGAAUGAAUAUAGGAAAAAGAAGCAGAUUAAGAACUACAUCCUUGCAAAUUUCAAGUAGAGGAUAUUAGGUUCAAGCUCUUUGUAUAGUUCGUAUAUAUCACAGCUAAUUCGGGAGAGAUGAUACACUAAUAGAUUCGUUCGUUUCCGAUGCAAAAUAAAAGCCAGUUGAAGUCGAGGCUGCUGCCUUUAUUCUUA